UUGAAAGCAGAGGAAAUAAUAUGAAUGAUUCAACGUAAUUUCCGGUUGUCGUUGAGUGCCCGCCCCCUCCAUGUAGACCGCGGAUUUUUGAAAAUAACGAUCUGCGCAACAGCAAGACACAAAUCUAGAGUUCUCUUCAAAACAUAUUCAUAACAAAGCACCAUAAUGUCCAUCACUGACCCAAACGUGAGCGAUAGGUUUACAAGUGCGAUGGAGGAGAUCCACAACAAGGAGCUUAAAACAUACACAGACAUAAUAGACACAACGGCAGAGUUGGCCCAAUCCCACAGGCAGUUUGUGAAGUCAGCACUUGAUACGUGUUUAAAGAAGUGUAAGGAUGAUGACAUAUUGUUUGAAACAAUACAGACAUUCAAAAAAGACCUCGAACGGAAAAAAGUGGCUUUAAAAGAGAAGCGACAGGCAAUAUCUGAAGUGAUAUCUGAGAUUCAAGAGAAGGAUAUGCAGAAAGAGGACAUUAUCCAGAAGAUUGAGAAGCUUAAAGAAGAACAAACCAAGAGAAAAGAACUGAUUGAAUCUCAAUACAGAGCAAACAAAGACAGACUGAAGAAUCUCCAAAAAGCCAGACUCGUCUUUCAGGAUCAUCUGGGGUUGGAGAUACGAACAAUUCUCGGCAAAACACAGCUGGUUAAAGGUGAAAAGUUGCAGUUUGUUUUUCGAAACAUCAGCCCCUCUGAUCCAGACAGUGCCUAUGUCAUCACGAUGGGGAUUAAUGAAAGCGGAUCAUACCAGAUCGUCUCCAGUGACCCCGUGCUCGAGUGUUUGACAGUCUUGGAAAAGCGACUUCAGGAGACCAAUAAUUUACCAGCAUUCCUGGCAAAUGUGAGGAAGGAGUUUAUCUCUCAGACGCGUCGCUAAAAUUGAAUGCAGGGAAGGAUGAAAAGCAUGCAGUGACCUUCUCCCUGCAAUUUGGACUAAAGAAAGCACGGUGGAGUCAAUGGAGAGUCGUCACAGGAGGAUUACAAAUCUUUAAAUAAAAAGUCAACUUCAGGACUCUUAGAUUUUUAUUUCAAAUACUCUUUUGUACUAACAAGUGUGAAUUCUUCUUAUUAAAAAGAUGAAGUGUCUUUUUUGGCAUCAUUUCAGAAGGGUUAUUGUUGGAAAUAAGUAUCUGAAUUUCAGGAGUGGGACCACGCCUCCAAACAGUCCUUCCGGUUGUCAUCUAUAUGUUCCCCCAGUUCUACAAGCUGUUCUUGUUUACGUGUUUUCAAUUCUUUAACUUUUUUGCUUCUAUUUAGUACAUGGGGAUCUGCUCGGCCCUGGAGCCGCCGCCAAUCCCCUUCGAGGCCUUCCCUAAACCGCAGCUCAAUGAAUGUCCAAGCCGUUCACCUUUAUCUAUGAUAACACUGUCAAACCUUAAAUGAGGACGUGGGCCCAGCGAGUGAAUGGACAUUUGGACAACUGCUUACCUUUUAAUCCAGAAUAAUAAGGAACUGACCACUUAAACAUUGAUGUAAACAGUUUUAUUUUAUUUGUUUGUUACAAAUCUUUUUACACGUGCUACAGACGUCAAUGAUGUAAUAAAGCACUUCUUUAUUAAAGCCUCGUGUUAGUCGACCAUGUAUCGAGUGUAACAUAAAUUAUGAAAAAACUUGUUAUCUGAUAUUACUGUUAUGUUCAACUUUAAUCCUAGGAGCAUUACAAAAUACCCAGGGGGCAGUGUUAAGAUGCUGAA